AUGGCACAAUCACCAGAUCAGACAAUUGAGUAUUUUCAAUCAUUAACUAACUGGAAUGAUCGACAAGCUGUCAUUGAGUUUUUGGAAAUGUACGAAUGGGAUGUCAGUUUUGCUAUAGAAGCAUUUUUGACUGAGUGUGAGCGAGUUACAAAUGUUAAACCAAAGACGCCCACUUUACUUCGAACCAUUUCAACAGAAGUAGGAAUUCGAUAUAGCUCAACGAAUGAUAAUUCAACACAACAAGAAGCAAUUUCUGAAAAUCAUCAUCAGCAAAUAUCAUAUACGUAUAAUCCAAAAACAGCGGUAUGGCGCGCUCGUUCAAUAGCAUCGCAAGAUAGUUUAUCUCAAUAUCAUAGUCUACAAAUGAUUAGUUUUAAAAACGGUACAAUGGAAGGAAAUCCUGAAGAGCAACAAAUAAAACUUUUCAAUUCAGAUACGCCUCCCCUCAUUACCAAUAUAUCUUCGAAUGAUCCGAUCGAGGAAGCUAGACUGAUCGCAAACAAAAUACCAAAAUAUGUUUAUGAAAAUAAUGAUUUUCGAAAUGAUCCACCAUUAAAUAUUCCAGAUGAAUAUAAAGAUUUUAUUUGGUUUGCUAUACCUAUAGAUGUUAUUCGAAAAAUUAUCAUUGAUUUUGAACAAAAUGGUUCUAGAACAGUACCGUUCCGUCCAAAUAGCGAUAAUUAA